AUGUCACAGGCUCGCCCCAGUCAAGAACAUGGUGACAACCCCGAAACCCAACCAGGAGCCCCUCACCUAGAAAGUCAACUCGAUAACGAAAAGACCGAUGACAACAAUGAGCUCCCAGACACAACGGCGGCGUAUCCCCCAACACGCAGGACCAUUGCCAUCAUGAUUCCACUUUUCCUAACCUCUUUCCUCAUUGCUUUGGACCGCCUCAUCAUUGGAGUCGCUGUGCCCAGCAUCACCGACCAAUUUCAUUCUUUGGGGGACGUCGGCUGGUACGGUUCAGCUUACCUCUUGACUUCAUGCUCAUUCAUGAUGGUCGGUGGCAAGUUAUACACGCUAUUCAAUCCAAAAUGGGUAUAUCUUGCAUCCCUUAUCGUCUUUGAACUCGGUUCAGCAGUAUGCGGCGGAGCCCCAAAUUCGAAAUCAUUAAUCGUCGGUCGUGCAAUUGCAGGUUUGGGCCAGGCUUGUCUUUUGCAGGGUGCCAUCAUCAUAAUCGUUUACGUUGUUCCACUGCAUAAGCGGCCUCAGCUCAUGGGACUGAUUGGCAUGGUCUUUGGGAUCGCCUGCGCAAUUGGACCACUGGUUGGAGGGGCCUUCACUUCUGGUCCGGGGUGGCGGUGGUGCUUUUGGAUUAAUCUUCCUUGCGGCGGAAUCGUCUUUGCUCUGUUGAUCCUCUUUCUGCAGAUACCAUCAAAGAUGCUUGAGCGGAAGCCAGAAACGUACAGAGAGAAAGUAAAGCGAAUCGAUCUUCUGGGAGCGACGUUCUUGCCCUCUUCUGUGGUCUGCUUACUUCUGGCACUUCAGUGGGGAGGCUUGGAGUAUAGCUGGUCGAAUUUCCGUGUCGUUAUUCCCCUGGUCUUCUCUGGACUCCUGUUCAUCAUGUUCACCAUCGUCCAGAAGUGGAGAGGAGAUGCAGCUCUGCUUCCUAGCCAUAUUUUCCGGAACCGUACCGUUCUUGCUGGGGCUUGGUUCUCCUUCUUCAGUGGUGCAACUCUGCAAACGUUGCUGUUUUAUUUGCCAAUCUGGUUCCAAGCCAUCAAAGGAUCCUCCCCGAUCAGAUCCGGAAUUCUAAUCUUGCCAAUGGUGAUUGGGAUAGUCGUUUCGUCACUUUCCACUGGGAUCCUGACGAAAAAACUCGGAUACUAUACUCAAUGGUUGAUACUGUCAUCGGUGUUGACUCCGAUCGGUGCGGGCUUGAUCUCAACAAUCACACCCUCCACCCCGGGAGGUACACUGAUUGGAUACCAGGCUCUCGCGGGUCUGGGAAUCGGUUUUGGAGCACAGCAGCCCUCGGUCGCAGCCCAGACCGCGCUUCCGCGCAAGGACGUCGCUAUCGGCGCAUCACUGAUGAUGUUCUGCCAAGUCCUCGGGGGCGCGGUCUUCAUCUGUGUCGGCAACAACAUCUUCCAGUCGGCGCUCGUGAGCAACUUGGCAAGUGUAGCUGGCAUCGAUCUCAUUUCCGUGGCAAAGGUGGGCGCCACGGAUCUGAGGGAUAUGGUACCGGCCGAGCUACUGCCGAACGUUCUCGUCGCAUACAAUGCUGCGUUGCGAGAUUUGUUUUACCUCGUGACCGGUCUGGCGUGUGUAAUGAUCUUCGGCGCGUUGGCUGUGGAAUGGAAGAGCGUCAAGGAUAAAAGUAAGCGCCAGACACAGAAGAAAGACCCGCAAGCUCUCGCUGAUGCAGAUGGCACCGAGGCAGCGGGCGAGAAGGCGUGA